GCUCACACUCGGCUUCCAGAAGCAGAGAUGAGAGCAUCAUCCGCUUUGAGCGCUAAGGCGCAGUGAUUAAAUCCUCACAGAGAAAGUCUCAUUGUUCGUGCAUCUUAAAAAAAAAAAAAAAAAAAACGAAAAAAAAAGAUCUAACCGCUUUAUUUAUUUACUUCUCUUUUUUGACAAUGUUUUUCAGCACAAGGAUUUUAAAAGUUUUUUUAUGUUCUUUUUUCCUGACUUUUUAGUGAAGUGGGGAGUUCGUUCUGCGCACAAGGAAUGUUGGCUCAAGCUUGCGACUGUGUGCGCUGAUACCAAAAACUCAUAGACCGGGUGCAGAAUUGAUUAAAACUAAGAAGCUCGGAUCAAAUGGCUGCACUUCUCAAAGCAGAAACGACUAAAUGUUCCACUGACCCGAGGCAGAGGAGGGGAUUUUUAGACUCGGACAGCCUUGUUGCAGCUUGUUUUGCUGUUUUUUUUCUGCCAGGGAAGAUUGGAAAUGCACAUAUCUUGUAGGAAAAAGGAAUAACACUUUUUUUUCUUUUUUUUUCUGCAUUGAUAUUCACUUGGAGAGGGAGAGGGGAGAUGAUUUGGUUAAUACUUCUGCUCUCCAUUCUGAAUGGAGCUCUAUGUCAGCUGCACUACUCCGUGCCAGAAGAGCAAGAGCCUGGCACCGUAGUUGGGAAUAUCGCAGAAGAUCUAGGCUUGGACAUUACCAAACUUUCCGCUCGCCGGUUCCAGACGGUGCCAAGUUCGCGGACACCUUAUCUGGAGGUGAACUUGGAGAACGGCGCUCUGGUUGUGAAGGAGAAAAUAGACAGGGAAGAAAUCUGCAAGCAGACCAUCCCGUGCCUGCUGCACCUGGAGGUGUUUUUGGAGAAUCCGCUGGAGCUGUUCCGCGUGGAGAUCGAGGUGAUGGACGUCAACGACAAUCCGCCCAGCUUUCCGGAGCCGGACAUUUUCGUGGAAAUAUCUGAGAGCGCCAUACCCGGGACUCGUUUCCCCGUGGAGAACGCCUUCGACCCCGACGUUGGCACCAACGCGCUCAGCACGUAUGCUAUAACCAACAAUAACUAUUUCUCCCUCGACGUGCAGACGCAGAGCGACGGGACCAAAUUCGCGGAGUUGGUGCUGGAGAAGCCGCUGGACAGAGAGCAGCAGGCGGUCCAUCGCUAUGUGCUGACGGCUGUGGACGGGGGCGUCCCGCAGCGGACCGGAACGGCUCUGUUGGUAGUUAAAGUUCUGGACUCUAAUGACAACGCUCCCACGUUCGACGAGUCCGUGUACACGGUUAACCUGCGGGAAAACUCACCCGUGGGGACCCUAGUCAUCCAGCUAAACGCCACGGAUGUGGACGAGGGACUAAACGGAGAAAUCAUUUAUUCCUUUAGCAGCCACAACACCCCGCGGAUAAAAGACUUGUUCAACAUCGACGAAAGAACGGGCAGGAUAGAAGUGGCCGGCGAGGUGGACUACGAAGAGAGCAACACGCACCAGAUCAACGUCCAGGCGAGAGAUCUGGGGGCUAACGCCGUCCCUGCGCACUGCAAAGUGCUGGUCAAACUUGUGGACGUGAAUGACAACACACCGGAGAUCAGCUUCAGCACCGUAACUGAGUCUGUGAGCGAGCAGCACGCCCCGGGCACCGUUAUUGCCCUCUUCAGCGUUUCGGACCGAGACUCCGGUGAGAACGGUCAGAUGAGCUGCGAGAUCAUGGGCGACGUCCCCUUCAAGUUGAAGUCGUCGUUUAAAAAUUACUACACCAUCGUAACGGACGGCUCGCUUGACAGGGAGAACACAGACUCGUACACCAUCACAGUCGUGGCCACCGACAAAGGUCAGCCCUCGCUGGCCACCAGCAAAUCAAUUAAGGUGCACGUCUCUGACGAGAACGACAACGCGCCCCGCUUUACGCAGGCUGUUUAUGACGUCUAUGUGACUGAGAACAAUGUGCCUGGCGCUUUCAUUCACGCAGUGACCGCCUUGGACCCUGAUAUAGGACAGAAUUCUUUAAUUACCUACUCCAUAUUGGAGUGUGACAUCCAGGGAAUGUCUGUUGACACGUAUGUCUCCAUAAACCAAGACACCGGCUACCUUUACGCGCUGCGCUCUUUCGAUUAUGAGCAGCUGAAAGAGUUCAGCUUCAUGGUCCAGGCUAAGGACUCAGGUGCUGUCGAGUUGUUCUCCAAUGCCACCGUUAACGUGAUCAUAGUCGACCAAAAUGACAACGCUCCUAGCGUCAUAGCCCCUAUAGGUAAAAACGGCACGGCUAAAGAGCACUUGCCGCGUUCCGCGGAGCCUGGAUACCUGGUGACGCGCAUCGUGGCCAUGGACGCAGAUGACGGCGAAAACGCACGGCUGUCCUACAGCAUCCUGCGGGGCAAUGAGAUGGGAAUGUUUCGCAUGGACUGGAGGACCGGGGAGCUGAGAACGGCGCGCAGGAUCUCCCCCAAGCGGGACCCACAGGGCUUUUACGACCUGCUGAUAGAGGUGAGGGACCACGGGCAGCCUCCUCUCUCCUCUUCCGCCAGUGUGAGCGUAAUGCUAGUGGACAGCGUAGUGGAGGGCCGCAGUGGGGACCGCGGCUCGGCCUCCAAGGCUAAAGAGACUUCUCUUGAUCUCACCCUGAUUCUCAUCAUCGCUCUGGGCUCCGUGUCCUUUAUAUUCCUCCUGGCCAUGAUAGUGCUGGCCGUGCGCUGUCAAAAGGACAAGAAGCUCAAUCUGUACACGUGCCUGUUGGCCGGCGACUGCUGCCUGUGCUGUGGCUCCUGCUGCAGCAGGCAGAGCCGCGGCAGGAAGCAGAAGAAGCUGAGUAAAUCCGACAUCAUGCUGGUUCAGAGCACCAACGUGACCACGGGAGUUGGGCCCGUCGGGCAGGUGCCAGUGGAGGAGUCUGGGGUGGGGAGCGUGGGAGGCGGGUUUGGCUCCCACCACCACCAAAACCAGAACUCCUAUUGCUACCAGGUGUGCCUGACACCGGAGUCUGCCAAGACGGAUCUGAUGUUCCUUAAGCCGUGCAGCCCCUCCCGCAGCAACGACGCUGAUCACACCAAUCCCUGCGGGGCAAUAGUGACCGGCUACAGUGAUCAGCAACCGGACAUUAUAUCUAACGGCAGCAUUCUCUCCAGUGAGACAAAACAUCAACGAGCAGAACUCAGCUAUCUGGUGGACAGACCCAGGCGUGUCAACAGUUCUGCAUUUCAAGAGGCAGACAUUGUCAGUUCUAAAGACAGUGGUCACGGCGACAGUGAACAGGGCGACAGCGACCACGACGCAACAAACCGGGGUCACUCAGCCGGUGCUGACCUGUUCUCCAACUGCACAGAGGAGUGCAAGGCCCUGGGUCACUCUGACCGCUGCUGGAUGCCGUCCUUUGUGCCAUCAGAUGGGCGCCAAGGGCCGGACUACCGCAGCAAUCUGCACGUCCCUGGCAUGGACGCCACGCUACCCGACACUGAGGUACCCUGCUCCGUCAACCUAUCCGACCAACUCACAAUGACCUCCUCCACCGCCUCGUCCAACGAUAGGUCAUUCUCCACCUUUGGCAAGGACGGCCAAAGAUCACAGUCACACCACAGCCUUCAAAAUCACCUCCAUCAGCAACAGCAGCAGUACAGCUCCAGCACGCUAGAGAGGAAAGAGUAUGAUAGGGGGACCCUACCGUACAAACCAACCUUUCUCUGUGAGUAUCAGUAUGAAACCUCACUGGGACCCUACGAUUUUGGUCUGGUCCAGUAUAGAAACUAAAGGAGGGGGACAUUGAAUAUACCUCUUGAUUCUGAUUUGGACUUUAUAUGCUGGUUAUCAACUUUUAUUUCUUCUGCUUUUGAAGGUGUUCGAGAAAAAGGCUUUAUAUUUUCUUGUAUUUUGUCUCAGUAGUUUUUUUUUUUUAGUUUUUUUUGUAAUAUGAUUUUUUUUUUCAAGUGUAAAAUGUAUUAAUUGCAUACCCUCUUUCUCCAAAACCUACAUAAAAUCCUUAACCUAACCUAACCCCUCCAUAACCCCUAAAUACUGCCUGUAAUCACAGGACUUAUUUUGAAAUAAACUAAAAAGAAAUUUGACUCGUGCUAUUCUGCUGUGGCCACUUUUUUUUUCCUUUUCUCCAAAUUACCCCUCCCUUUAAAAUCCUUCCUAUCUGAUGCUCAUAUUAGUAAAGGUCAGCAACACUUGCAUGAAUCAUGUGCAAAGCACACACGGACAUACAAGAUCAUCUGAGUAAGUUAGGCAAUUUAUUUCAGUAAUUCAAUUCAAAGACUGAAACUCAUUAUAUAUAGCUAUAUUAUACAGAGUAAUAUAUUUCAAGUAUUUAUGCUAAUUUUAAUGAUUAUGGUUUAUAGAUCAUAAAAAUCCUAAAGUUAGUUUCUUAGGAGGUUAAGAUUUACUGCACAUUUCCUGCACAGUACAUGCAGUAUAUUAUUAUGUUCCGUUUACAUGAAAUAUUGCAUCCUUACAGCCUGGUAGAGAGGCGAUCGGGCUGUGGCUUUGCUGUGAUGUUUCUUCUUACAGUACUUCAUAGAUUCUGAAUGGUUUGUUUGCUGGUCAGUCAUGCAGUGUUACCAUUGUCAUUAAAGCAUUUAUUUGUACUCUUGGCAGUGUGGACAGGCGUCAAGUCCAGGUACAAAUUGAAGCCAGUCUCUCCAUAAAACUUGUUAGCAGAUGAACAUUUGCACUGAUCUCUAACCAGCUAAAACAUGGCGAACCGACUCCAACAGAUGACACUGAUAACCACAUCCUCACUGACUGGAUGUGGAUAUCCACAUCCAGUCUUAUUACUCUUCCUCUUGUUUCUGGAAACUUUUCUAAAAAAAAAAUAACAAAAAUAUGUUUUCACCUUAAAAAA